UUGUUGAUCUUGGGGAUUUGCUUCGAUGAAUCAAAUGGUCGGUACUUUGGUUAUCAUUUGUGUGCAUCGUGUAAGGCUUUUUUCCGUCGAAAUGCCGAUAAAAAAGAGAAGUUCAUCUGUACUUUUAAUAAUAAUUGUGAGAUGAAUAAGAUCACAAGACGUCAUUGUCGCAAGUGCCGAUUGGAAAAAUGUUUUGCCAUUGGAAUGAAACGGGAAUGGGUUCGAUUUGAAGAUAAAAGAGUAGAUGAAGGGAAGGACAAAGAACCCGUUCCAGGUACAUCUGGUUACAUUGGCACUAAACCUCAUCACAUCUCACGCAGCAGUGAAUCAGCUGAUGAAGAUGAUGCCGGUGGGAAUAGUGAAGGAAAGAAGUUAUCAGCAGUAUUUGAUAAUCUACUUGACGAUCAAACACUUCACGGACUUUUAGAGGAUCUUGAUGAACAAACUGUUUCACUAAUUUCCAUCCAAUAGAUGUCGCCAGUGUAAACACAAAUUCUCUCACAUGUUUACCUUUUUUUUGGCUUUUCUACCACCAGAUGGCAGUCAGAAUUUCGAAUUUAAUAAAUCAAAAAGAUUAAUUAAUUAAAUUAAUUAGUCUCCCCUGCUCGUUAUGCCGUUUCCAUUGCUGGUACUGUGAAAGCGAUCAAAUUUUUAUUAAAACGAGGAUUGAUUAAACCAGUACCUCCAAAAGACAAAUUGAAAGAAAUAGUUUUAAAAAAGGUUUCUGGUAAAAGUAAAACACCAUAAAUCCAACAAGUUUGGGGAUUUUACUUAUUUUUUGUAACCAGUCCAAAAUUGAUAAACUCUAUUAGUUUAAAUCAUGUACAGUUUCUGUUACCCGAAAAUCAAUUGAUGGUCAUCAUGUUCCCGAAACAAAUUAUCUGUUGACUUAAAUUUCGCUCCUAAAGUAUCAAGUAUGAAAUACUUGUAGUAACAAUAUAUUUAGACUUGUGGAUCAUCUGAUUGUUUACAUUUUUCUUUUAUUUUGUUAAUGAGAAAAACAUCAACUUCUCCUAUUCCUUUUUUUUCGUAAUUUUCUUCUUUCAAGUGAGAGUCUCAAUUGAUUAUCUAAGGGAUAAAAUUGUCAAACCAAUAACAUGGAAGAAGAAAAUGAAACCAAUGAUUCUCUUUCUCUUCCUCUUCCUACUUCAUCAUGUUCAUCGAAAAAUUUACCUCAUUCAUUUAAUCAACUGUUAGAAUAUCAAUUGUCUCUCAAUGAAAUGUUGGAUCAAGAGAAUUCACGUUUCUCCGAAUUUACUCAACCUUUGGAAAUCGAGAAUCUAAUUAAUCAAUCGACUCAUUAUCUGACCAAAAUGAACAAUGUGAAAAAAGACAUGGAAUUUGUGACGGAAAAAGCUGAACGAAUCAGGAAACGAGGAUUAAAAUUACAAGAAAUUAUUCAGAAACAAAUAUUGGAAAAAGAGAUGAGAAAAGAUCAACAACUCCAACGGGAAAAACAACUCGCACCAGUGAUAAUCGGUAAAUCGGCCAAAAAGUGAAUUUCCCAGUUCGAUCAAAUUGUUAUCCAUUUUGUUGAAUAAAAUCAAAUAAAUGUGAUUCUUAUUUAUUGUACGUA